AUUUUGAACAGUCAUAGUCGAUGUCAUGUUUUAAAAUAAGAAUGGAUUACCACAAUGCGUGGACCAACAUUUUCUAUACAGUAAAGUCGGUACUGAAAAUAUCGAUAUUGGCUUGAAAAGUCAAACAUUGACGUGUUUAGAAUUUAGUAUAUUAUUCGGUGUACAAAUGUAUGAAGUGUAUGUUAUUGUUACGCGUUCGUAGUUUAGGCGGAUGGGUAGCCUAGGCGUGAAAGAGUUCCCCUGUUAAACAGAAGAUACGGGUCAUAUGUCUAACAUCGAUCCGGUGAUGUCAGCACUCAAGAUUUGUCCGUUUUUAAGCUCAUUCAGUUUAUUGUCGCAUUUACUACGUCACGGUGAACAUGCAGGUCGUAUAUAUAGGUUAUUCCAAUGUAUGACGUCAUAGCUCAUACUAAACCUGCAGAACGAGUUUGUUAUCACAGAGGAACCUAGUUGGUGUACUGCAGUCUCAGGUGGCGGGCUCAGAUACAAGAGUCCUGACGACUGCAUUAAUCCGAAAACAGUUGCAAACAUGCCCCUGCUGUACAUAUGUGAGCCAUGGUUGUAAAGAAGGUAACAUUCUCAUCCGUACCUUCAUUUAAAUUGGAGCAACAUACAUCAUGCCCACAAUUAGAAGCUAGUAUAAUAGAUAUUGUGGUUCCAAUUAAAAUAUCUGAUCAUGAAACAAGAAAGUGUUCAUUACGUUUGGUAUUUUACCGUGCAGUGGAUUGCUUCCAUUGGCCGAUGAACAACUAGUCCUAAGGAUGUGUGUGAUGCAGCUUACAUUGACCGAUGAAUGACUGGUCCUAGGGAUAUGUGUGAGGCAGCUUACAUUGACCGAUGAAUGACUGGUCCUAGGGAUGUGUGUGAUGCAGCUUACAUUGACCGAUGAAUGACUGGUCCUAGGGAUGUGUGUGAAGCAGCUUACAUUGGCCGAUGAACGACUGGUCCUAGGGAUAUGUGUGAUGCCGCUUACAUUGGCCGAUAAACGACUAGUCCUGGGGAUGUGUGUGAUGCAGCUUACAUUGGCCGAUGAAUGACUGGUCCUAGGGAUGUGUGUGAUGCAGCUUACAUUGGCCGAUGAAUGACUGGUCCUGGGGAUGUGUGUGAUGCAGCUUACAUUGGCCGAUGAAUGACUAGUGCUGGGGAUGAGUGAUUGACUUCCUACGAAUCUUUAAGCCACAUGUUUUAGCAACUGCAUCACAUGAUGUGGGUGACCAUAAUCAAUAUCAUUCUACAUUGAAGCACAAUCCCUUUAGAGGUCUACUGGCAUGUUCUGUAAUAAAUACUUGAUUUAUAAUGAGUCUGUGUCUUAGAUUUUCCAGAAGCAUGGAUAUAUCAUCUAACAAUCAGGAACACCCUCCGUUACUGAAGAGUCGGGGGUCGUAUAUAAGGUAUAUCAUACAAACGACUUUGACCUCUUCACAAAGUCCAGUCCCAGACUCUCAACAGCGCCAUGUCCUAGAGCGGGUGUUUAACUAUAGCCUUCAGCUGCUAGAGAAGAGACUCAGGGUCUCCUGCAACCGAGCAAACGUCCAUAGUUUGAAUGGGGAUCAGUUGAGCAUUCUGGAGAAGGAGUUACUCCGUUCUGAGGACAGAUUGAUGGAGCUCUUCAUGUCUGAAGCUAGUUGUGAAGAUGAACCCGAUUACGAAAACCCUACAGAUGAUGACAGUGAAGCUGGAGCUAAAGCAGAUCAUCACAUCUUCCCCCAUGUACUCUCCCAUCACCAUGAAGAACUAAUGUCAUGCCUUAACACAAGGGGAACUCAUUUGCUGGACAUCAUGGCUCAGAAUGACCUCCUGAGUGAAUCUGAUGAAGAGGAAAUUCGGAAACAUGAGUCCCAUGGAGAAAGGAAUCAACGUGUUCUUGAGGUCCUUUCUACUGUUUCACCAAAGAAAAACAUGCAAUUCGUGAAUGACUUCAUUAAGGACACUAACCCCGACCUUGGAAGGAGAUUGUCCCGAUCUAUGAGGGAACUGGCUCACCAAGAUCAUGAACAUCAAUGUGCAGCAUGCACUGUUGUUACACAAAUUGAUCCAAGUCGCAUUGCAAAGGUCAUGUUUAUAAAUAAGACUAUACCUUACAGCUUUUAUAAUGAUCUCAGGAAUCCGGCUGUCUCCAGUCAAACGAAAUGGAAAUGGAUCAGAGAAAAGGAGUUAGACAUUGCUGCAAUAAACGCUCUACAACCAAAGUUUCAACAUUUUCAUGACAUGUUUGGAGACCACAAACGCCUUAUCUGCAAAUGCGACAGUUUUACCGCUGAUCCCCCCGAAGGCGUGAUGACAAGAAGUUCUGGUGCAAGUACCUUCCGUAACUGGUUGUCCAAGAGCAAGGAAGGAGAGAGGAGUGAAAUCACCCAGAUGAAGCAUGACAUAUAUACAAUUUCCAGGAGUGUAGAGGAUAUAAGAAACCAAGUUUUCCUGUCCGAACCAGAUGGCCAUGAGCAGUACACAGGUGUUCCCCGCUUUGCGUCCUCGAUUGACGUCCAUCAUGACACAGAUAUGUACGGAAAGAGGGACCGGCGCGUCUGGAGACCAGCCUUUCCCCAAAAACAUGGAGAAGACAAACCCAAGAAAAAACGCCAGAACAUAUUCAAGAGACUCCAGAAUAGACUACGGAAGUAAACGUCAUUCUUUUCUUGAGUGAGGAGAUCAG